AAACAUUUCUUGGAAAAUGUUCCCUUUAAUCAAUUUUUUUAGGUACAGUGUGGUAAAAACACAUACCUGUGCUAUUUUGUUGCAAAAAAAAAGACAGAGAUAAGCCCUUAUCAGGCAUCACUUGACAAGGCGAAUUCGCGAUAUUGCGCAUACGAGUUUAGAGGUUCAGAUCAGGAGAAAGAAAGUUAUUUAUUUGUCACCAUUCCGUCAUGAUUUUUCGCGUUCUAUUAGCAUCAGCCUUCGUCCUAGCUUCCGUGGAAGCUAGAUUGGAGUUCUGUGUGUGCUGUAAGGAUCAAACAGGGCAGCCAGUUACGGAAAACUGCGACAUUCCGGCUAAAAGUGUUAACGAAGAAGAACUUCAAACUCUUAUAAAUCUCUGCCUUGAACGUGAAGGGAUCUAUAGACGCUUUGCUCCAGAUCCACAUGAUCUCUAUUGGGAUCGAUACUACAACAGAUACUAUGAUGAUGACUAUUACAAGUCAAAUAUGAAAAGAGUUCUCCCUGAUAUUAAUCACAUAGUCUACAACAGAUCAAAGAUCAACUAUGAGAUUUUUCCGGAGAAAAACUGUGAAGCUUCUCUGACUGCAUGGAAGGAUACAUUGUUCUGGAUAUCUGGUAAUAGUUCAUGGGCUUUAACGUCUACUGAUGGCUUACUGGCACGCAAAGUAGUCCCUCUGAAUGGCACAGAAGAGCCUCUGUAUCAAAUAAUGACAAAACAAGGACCAGAUUAUUAUCAACCAUACCGAAGUACACCUUACAGUAAGAAUCCAAGCCUGCUAGCCUUCAACGGAACCUAUGAAGUUCUACUAAGAAUUGUCCCACACCUGCGGAGUCUUCAUGACAUUGAGUACACUUCUGAGAAGAAUAUCCUUUCAACAGAGCAAACAAAUUUCGGGAAGAUUUGUUUAGUGAAUAAUGAGGUAGAGCCUAAGGAUUUUGUUGUUCACAUCAAUGUACCAAGUUUGCGUUCUAUUGACCUUCAUGGGAACUACCUCCCAGGAAAUAGUCUUCAGGUUAACGACGGAAAUGAGACGUUUAAACUUAAGAUUGGAUGGUUAUCUGACUACACCGUUGUUAAGAGUGUUGGUUUUGAGUACCUGUACGGCUACAGAUUCCUGGAUAAUGAUGUUUUAGGACUAUGGGGAGUUGUUGAGAGAAAUUUCACAUCAAAACUCACAACAAUCCUUAUGGAAAGCAAUCCUAAAAAUGCCCUUUUGGAGACUGAACUAAACGUCACGGGAACGAAAAUUGAACGAACUAUUAUGAGACUUUCUCUUGAAAACAACAAAUAUACCGAUUCACUAGUAGUCGAUCUGAGUGAUAGAGUUGCAGCUGGUAUGUUGUUCACAUUGGCUGGAAUCAUGAUCAUAGGAAUUAUUCUUUUUGUAUGCAAAAAAUGCUUCUGCUGUUGCUUCCGGGACAGGGUAACAACGGGAUAUCAGAGGAUAGAUGAGACUACAACUGCAACAAAUGCCUAAGAAGGUCUAUAUUUUAACUUGUAAACCUAUAUCUAAUAAAUGGAAUUUUUAACUA